AUGACUUGUCCCGAAAGUGAGACAGCAUUGUGUACGCGGACUAUCUCGUUGAAAUUGGUGGGCAAUUGGUCCGGCACGUCGACCCAGAACUCGUGGCUCCUGGGUCAAAUCUCACGCCCACUUGCCCGCAGCCCAGAUUUUCGUCCAAUACUCCCAGGUCUGGCCCUGGAAGGAGCGGGGGUGCUCCGCGACGUGGCAGGGUCCCAAACGAACGGCCUCAUUAGACGAAAUGUACGCUGGGGGAAAGCGGGCUGCUCCCAUGUAAAGGAGCAGGAGUUGAUAGUGCCAUGCUUGGAGAUUGGCAGCGGGGGGACAAAGAUUUUUGACUUUGGGUUGAUUGAGGUGCUUGCUUGUUUGCCUCAGGCAACAACACACAGCAGCACGAACCCGCUCCCUGUCUGUGCGGUCUUUAGUUUCGCCGGAAACAACCUAGCCGUGCCUUCCGAGAAUUAUCUUCCAACGGGCGCCUAUCUUUGUUGCAACUACACUCAGUAUAUCUGGUUUGGAUGGUCUUCAGGCACAAUCGCCCGCAAUCUGCUGUCGUCCGUUCGAUGCCUCAGUCAGACCCCGGUCGCAAACGCCCAGACCGCACCUAGAUGA